UUCGGGGAUUAGUUUGGAUUUAGUCGUGAUGAGCAUUUGGAAUUUCCAUUUAUUUUUCUCUAUUCUUUAUGUUUGACAUUGUCAUCGCACACAAAAAUGACGUUGAUAUGGCAAUUAAUCCACUAAUUAUUAUUAAUACUCAUGGAAAAAUACGGCAAUUUUUGGCAAUAAGAAUUCCAAUGCAUAGAACAUUGAAACCAGGAUGGUGAAAAAAUUAACUUGUUCCAUAUUUAUUGCCGAUCUUGGUGAUCGAUUAAAUUCAUCAUCUGCAUCAUCGAGUCAUCCAUCAAGAACGAUAUAUUUCAAGAAUGAUGGAACUAGAUUUGAGCCAAAUAUUUGUGCAUCAACGUUGAAAUUGUCGAAUGAGAAUCGUUAUCGUUUUAGAAUCGUUUUGAAAUCAACACCAUCAUCAAUCAGUGCCAUAAGAAUCAAUGAUAUUCCAAUGCAAUAUCAAUGUCGUUACGAUGACGAUGAUGAAUGCGUUGAAUUAUCAUUCGAAAUGGACGCAAGGCAAAUCAGUAUUGCCGCUAAUCAUGGUCGUACAAGAUUGAUCAUUCAAAUCGAUUUCAUGGAUUUUCAUCAUUUGGAUUUAGGUAUUCAAACAAAAUUCUAUGACCGUUGUGAUUCACAUUUAACAUGGGGACAACCGUUUCGAUCAUUGAUAGCAGAAGCAGAAUCAUCAUCAUCAUCAUUGAAAUUUAAUGACAAAAAUUUUGUAUUAACAAAAAUGAAUUUUUUAUCAAUGUAAUGAAACAAAAAUUGUUCUCACAUCGAUAGAUGGCGCUCAUGGUGAUGAUAUAUUUUUUUGAAAAUUAAAAACAUCAUCAUCAUCAUCAGGUUA